ACUUCGCUUUCCACGGUGCAACGGGCGCUCAGAACCUCUUCGACCAGCAACAAGUGCGCACAGCGGCCCCCGAAAGGCAGCCAGACAGUGCAUUCGAAAGCCAGCAAGGAGCAGCAGCAACAGUAAGCAGGCAGCCAGUGAGAGGAACAGGCAACAGCAACGAUGGUUUACGAAAGCGACUUCUACACCACGCGCCGCGUUGGCUCGACCUACACGCGCCCGACGAUCUCCUCGUACACCGUGACGACUCCUCUGCGAUACUCCGGAGUGCCACGAUUCGACACGAUCACGACUACCCGCACCACCUACCGCACACCGAUGCCGUACGUGGCGCACAGACGCCUCGUUCCAGUGACACGCGUCGUGACGUCACCGCCGAGGAUCUUGGUGUCACCGUUGCGGGUGCUGGGGUCGCCGGUGCGCGUGAUCAGCUCGCCGGUCCGGGUGUUCGGCUCACCGCUGCGCACCGUCCGCGCGGUCCGGUCACCGGCGCGCGUCAUCGUGUCACCGGCCCGGGUCAUGACGAUCCGUUCGCCCUACCUGCGCCCGUCGAUCAUCAACAAAGAAUUCGAUCGCAUUGAACGUAAAUAUCGCGCUAGUCCUGUAAGUAGUGCCCUAGAGCAGUAUUACAACUCGCCCUCGUACCUGGAGUUUGAGGACGAACGGCGUGACAUCCGUAACUCAACUGCGCUGUUGCUGCGCCAACUGAAUGAUCCCGUCCCGCGGCUGAUGGCUCCGGUGGCGCAGGCUGCACCGGAACCGAACCCGAAGAAGUGGGUGUACGAUCCGUUCUCCACCCACAACCGGCUCAACAGUGACACCUACGUCAAGAGCCACAUCACCGACCCGAUCCGCAGCGUGCGCAACGACAUCGAGGCCAUGGCCAGAUACCACUCGCCAGCGUCGCGCUAUGUCGAGUACGUACUGCUGGACGAUAUCCUGUGGCGCUACACGUACUAUGUCGAUGAAGAGGGCAAGAACCACUUGGCCAGUACGCGCAUCAUUGGAUCGCAGGCCUACCCGAAAACCAAGCCCCGUAUCUAUAACUACGAUACCGCCAAGGUGGGCAAGGAUGUGAACGUCAUGUCGUACUAUAAGUCCAACCGCACCCAGGCCAAGGCCGAUGUCGAGGAAGUGGGAAAAUUAAAUCCAGUUCGCCCGACGCGCAAGUUCAACAACCCGAAGCUGUACGACGAUCCGACCGAUCCGAAGCUGAAGGACAAGCGGGAGAAGAUCGAUCGUGUCGCCGAGCUGAACAAGGUGCGCUACGAGCCGAUCAAUCUGGAGAAGGAACGUCUGAAGCUGCUGGAGGAGACCAAAAAGAAGGAGGAAGCGGCCGCCGAGCGGGAGAAGUUGCGCCAAGAGGAGCAGGCCCGCAAGGACGAGGAAGCCCGUCUGGCGGCCGAAGAAGCGGAACGGCGCCGCAUCGAGGAGGAGCGUCUGGCGGAGGAGGCCCGCAUCGCCGAGGAAGCCCGGCUGGCUGAGGAAGCACUGCUCGCUGAGGAGGCACGCCUGGCCGAAGAGAAGAAGAAGAAGGCGGCGGAAAAGAAGAAGAAGGAAGAGGAAGACACCAAAAAGAAAGCGGCCGACGAGAAGAAGCGCAAGGAAGCGGAAGAGGCCGCCCGUAAGGCCGCCGAGGCCGAGGCCGCCCGUAAGGCAGCAGAGGAAGAGGCCGCUCGUAAGGCCGCCGAGGCCGAGGCCGCCCGUAAGGCCGCCGAGGCCGAGGCCGCCCGUAAGGCAGCCGAGGCCGAGGCCGCCCGUAAGGCCGCCGAGGAGGAAGCUGCUCGUCUAGCCGCCGAAGAAGCCAAAAAGGUGACGGACGAAGAGGCCCGCAAGGCCGCCGAGCAGGAGCAGAGCCGCAUCAGCGAGGCCCAGAAGGUGCGCGAGGACGAACUGGCCCGGCUGAACGAGUUGGAGAAGCAGGCCAUCGAAGAGAACAACGAGGAGCUGCUGAAGGAGAUCGCUGAACUGAAGGCGAUCGCCCAGUCAGACGAGGAGCUGCUCAAGCGCCAGGCUGCCAAGCUGGAGGAAACUGGCGCUCCGGCCGGUGAAGGGGAGGCUGCUCCGGCCGCCGUCGAAGGUGAAGCUGCACCGGCGCCAGAGCAGCCGGCGGCCGCCGUCGAAGAGAGCAAGACUGAGGAAAGUCCUGCGGCUGCCGAAUGAACGAACCACACAAUAACACUCUAAGGGCUAAAGUAAGGGCUUCCUCUCUCUACCAUGUCUGCGAUUUAGCUGCCAAGCCUGCAAACCGAAUUCGACCAACGAUCGAAUGCUAGAUCUGGGCUACGAAACACUGUCCACGAACACUUAACACAUACUAUACGUGCUACACAUAACCACCCGCAGCACCCCGAGCUGCUUGAUAGGAACUAAGCACACGCCAUUCGAACGAAAACGCAAAAAUUGUCACAAUUUUCUUGUUAUUACUACGAAACUUCAAAGUAUAGCGCACUGCAUUUCGAACUGUUCAGCUCCCCCGAAGCGUUGUCCACCCCUCAUGCGGACAACGCAUCCCUAGACUAGGCUAUAGAGGAACCACAUAGAAGCCGAGGAACCGACGGCGAGCUCUGAAUCGGCGCAAAACGGAACAGCCACUCUGCCACAGCUUGCUUCCGAAGGUUUGCCACAUCGAUUCGAUUGGUAUAGCGGCCCCCACAAGUCUAUAUCGGGUAGAAUUGUACCGCGGCAAACCUUGUCUCCCGGGCGUGGGCCACAGCAGUGCCGAUGGGUCCUUUUGUCGAAUCGACUCCCAGCUCGCAUACCGUCCCGCAACUCGAACUUGGGGUUGAAGCAUUUCAAGCAUUUCUCCAGCAACGCACCGCCACAAAGCUUACAGCUGCCUGCUAGUCCGGUUUUAGUUUAAUUCCCACGUCCGCAGUUCUCCUGUCCCCGAUCGUUAGUAGCCGGAAGUGAAGUGUCUAGUGUUUAACGUACUAAACAUAUAUUUAUCGGUUCUACUGUAUACGUUUGUUUCAAGUAUUCUUGAGUUACUGUAGUUCUAUCCUGACACACACUGACUGCAGGACGAUAACGUUAUUUUGCUCCUAUUGAUUGUUUCUCUUACUCGUUCUCGUUGCCUGUUAAGUUUAUUUUAUGAUUAUCAAACAUCAACUUCGAUAAGACAAUAAUAAAGGUGUAAAUAAGA